GUUGAAAGACACACAGAGGGUCACAGUCUGGAAUUGACAGUGGUGGGAUUCGAACCUAUUUCACUCCAGAACUGCGUAGCGCCUUAUACGGUGCGGCAAGUGUGACGUCAUUGGAACAACCCAUAGGCCCCGCCCCCGGACGCAGCCACGCCCACAGGCUCCUGAAACCACCACUCCCAGCUGUGACAGCGCUCAGGACCGAUGCUCAUAGGUCCCGUCCCUAGGAUCCCCGCCCCCUCCGCCCGCGCCCCGCCCCUCGCAGCCCAGUUCCGGACGCGGGCCCAGCCGCGGCUGCGCCUCCGCUCGCGUGUGGCUGCGUCGCGCGCUCUUCUUCGGAGCUCCCCAGGUGGCUGGUGUGCAGCAAGCUCCGCGCCGACCCCUGACGCCUGUCCCCGGCCCGGCAUGAGCCGCUACCUGCUGCCGCUGUCGGCGCUGGGCACGGUAGCAGGCGCCGCCGUGCUGCUCAAGGACUAUGUCACCGGUGGGGCUUGCCCCAGCAAGGCCACCAUCCCUGGGAAGACGGUCAUCGUGACGGGCGCCAACACAGGCAUCGGGAAGCAGACUGCCUUGGAACUGGCCAGGAGAGGAGGCAACAUCAUCCUGGCCUGCCGAGACAUGGAGAAGUGUGAGGCGGCAGCAAAGGACAUCCGCGGGGAGACCCUCAAUCACCACGUCAACGCCCGGCACCUGGACUUGGCUUCCCUCAAGUCUAUCCGAGAGUUUGCAGCAAAGAUCAUUGAAGAGGAGGAGCGAGUGGACAUUCUAAUCAACAAUGCGGGUGUGAUGCGGUGCCCCCACUGGACCACCGAGGACGGCUUCGAGAUGCAGUUUGGCGUUAACCACCUGGGUCACUUUCUCUUGACAAACUUGCUGCUGGACAAGCUGAAAGCCUCAGCCCCUUCGCGGAUCAUCAACCUCUCGUCCUUGGCCCAUGUUGCUGGGCACAUAGACUUUGAUGAUUUGAACUGGCAGACGAGGAAGUAUAACACCAAAGCCGCCUACUGCCAGAGCAAGCUGGCCAUCGUCCUCUUCACCAAGGAGCUGAGCCGGCGGCUGCAAGGCUCUGGUGUGACUGUCAAUGCCCUGCACCCCGGUGUGGCCAGGACAGAGCUGGGCAGACACACGGGCAUCCAUGGCUCCACCUUCUCCAGCACCACACUCGGGCUGUGUCUGGGGCGUGUGCCAGCGCAGAGUGGACCGCUCCCCAAGCCCUCCCUCCAGGCUCUGCCCAGCUCCCUGGUGCCCCUGGAGAAGCCAGUGACCCUCCGGUGCCAGGGACCUCCGGGCGUGGACCUGUACCGCCUGGAGAAGCUGAGUUCCAGCAGGUACCAGGAUCAGGCAGUCCUCUUCAUCCCGGCCAUGAAGAGAAGUCUGGCUGGACGCUACCGCUGCUCCUACCAGAACGGAAGCCUCUGGUCCCUGCCCAGCGACCAGCUGGAGCUCAUUGCCACCGGAGUUUUUGCCAAACCCUCGCUCUCAGCCCAGCCCGGCCCGGCGGUGUCGUCAGGAGGGGACGUAACCCUACAGUGUCAGACUCGGUAUGGCUUUGACCAAUUUGCUCUGUACAAGGAAGGGGACCCUGCGCCCUACAAGAAUCCCGAGAGAUGGUACCGGGCUAGUUUCCCCAUCAUCACGGUGACCGCCGCCCACAGCGGAACCUACCGAUGCUACAGCUUCUCCAGCAGGGACCCAUACCUGUGGUCGGCCCCCAGCGACCCCCUGGAGCUUGUGGUCACAGGAUCCUCUGUGACCCCCAGCCGGUUACCAACAGAACCACCUUCCUCGGUAGCAGAAUUCUCAGAAGCCACCGCUGAACUGACCGUCUCAUUCACAAACAAAGUCUUCACAACUGAGACUUCUAGGAGUAUCACCGCCAGUCCAAAGGAGUCAGACUUUCCAGCUGGUCCUGCCCGCCAGUACUACACCAAGGGCAACCUGGUCCGGAUAUGCCUCGGGGCGGUGAUCCUAAUACUCCUGGCGGGGUUUCUGGCAGAGGACUGGCACAGCCGGAGAAAGCACCUGCGGCACAGGGGCAGGGCUGUGCAGAGACCGCUUCCGCCCCUCCCGCCCCUCCCGCAGACCCGGAAAUCACACGGGGGUCAGGAUGGAGGCCGACUGGAUGUUCACAGCCGCGGGUUAUGUUCAUGACCACUGCACCCCAGGCACGGUCGUAUCCAAGGGACAGAUCAUGGCAUGGCAGGCGACUCAAAGACUGGCGUGUGUGGAGCGUGGAAGCAGGAGGGCAGAGGCUACAGCUGUGGAAACGAGGCCAUGAUGCCUCCUCCUGGUGUUCCAUCAGGGAGCCGUUCAGCCAGUGUCUGUCUGUCUGUCUGCUUCUCUGUCUGAGGGCACCCUCCAUUUGGGAUGGAAGGAAUCUGUGGAGACCCCAUCCUCCUCCCUGCACACUGGAUGACAUGGUACCCUGGCUGGACCACAUACUGGCCUCUUUCUUCAAUCUCUCUAAUAUGGGCUCCAGACGGAUCUCUAAGGUUCCCAGCUCUCAGGGUUGACUCUGUUCCAUCCUCUGUGCAAAAUCCUCCCGUGCUUCCCCUUGGCCCUCUGUGCUCUUGUCUGGUUUUCCCCAGAAACUCUCACCCUCACUCCAUCUUCCACUGCGGUCUAACAAAUCUCCUUUCGUCUCUCAGAACGGGCCUUGCAGGCAGUUUGGGUGUGUCAUUCAUUUUCCUUAGUGUAAAACUAGCACCUUGCCCGCUUCCCUUCACAUUAGAAAAGAAGAUCAGCCUGUGCAACAUGGUGAAACCCCAUCUCUACCAAAAAAACAAAAAAAACAAAAAUUAGCCAGGUGUGGUGGUGCAUCCCUACACUCCCAGCAACUCAGGGGGCUGAGGUGGGAGAAUGGCUUGAGUGUGGGAGGCAGAUGUUGCAGUGAGCUGAGAUCACACCACUGCACUCUAGCUUGGGUGACAAAGCCUGACCUUGUCUCAAAAAAUAAAGGGAUGAAUAUGUUAAUUACCCUUAUUUGAUCAUAACACAUUGUAUACAUGUACUGAAAUAUUGCUGUCUACCCCAUAAAUAUGUACAAUUAUGUAUAAAUUUUUAAAAUAAUAAAAAUAAGAUAAUGCACCAUCUCCACCCCUCUCAUAUUUACUUUCUGAAGGAAAUGUUAGGUCUUCUCAAGGUAAAGUUCUAUAUUUAUUAUAGCAUUUAGGCAUUUCUUGACCAUCUAAUAAGUGUAAAACUGUACCACUGGGCCAAGUGCAGUGGAUCAUGUCUGUAAUCCUAACACUUUGGGAGGCCAAGGCAGGAGGAUCACUUGAGCCCAGGAGUUCAAGACCAGCCUGGGCAACAUAGUGAGAACCCAUCUCUACUUAAAAUAAAGAAGAUAAAAAUUGUUUUAAAA